AUGGAUAAUACCGCCGAAACCAUGACAAACACGCCGUCCAUCCCCCGGAUGAUGCGUGCCCUGCAGUAUGAUCCUUCCGAUCGGAGAGCCUACAUCAAUGAGGUCAACGUUCCGGAACCGGGUGACACGGAAAUCCUGGUCAAGAUCAGAUGUGCUUCGCUGUGCCACUCGGACUGCCUCGUCUUCCAUCCUGACUUCUCUAUAAGCAGAGGCCUUAAGUCUCCGACUACCCUCGGACACGAAGCCACCGGAAUUGUGGUCCAGAGCGGCAGCCAGGUGACCGAUGUUGAGAAGGGAGACUUUGUGGGCUUUCUUGCCUCGAGUGGGUGCUUUGAUUGCGAAGCGUGCAAGACAUGGUCCAGCGUUGGGUGUCCCAGUGGUGUCAAAGCUCAAGGAUUCAACUGCGAUGGCUAUUUUCAAGAGUUUGUCACUGUAGAUGCUCGGAGCGCUGUUAAACUUCCUCCCGAGAUUGACGUCCUAGCGUCCAGUCCUCUAUGUUGCGCCGGGGUCACAGCCUACAACGCUAUCAUGCGGUGCGGCCUGGCUGCUGGAGACUCCGUAGCUAUCAUCGGCGUCGGGGGUGUCGGUCAAAUGGCUGUACAAUACGCAAAGGCAAUGGGACUCCAGGUAAUUGCUGUAGAUACCAACGGACACCAGCUCGACACCGCCAAGAUCUUCAAGGCGGACUACACUCUCAAUCCUGAAACUUGCCCGAGCUACGCGAACGACAUCAAGAAGCUGACAAAAGGAGGCGUAGAUGCUGCUAUCAAUUUCACGUCGUCAAAAGAGAUCUAUGACAAUAUGCCAUCUAUGCUGAAAUGGCGCGGCAUCCUCAUGCUGGUGGGCGUUGUUGAGGAGCCUUUAAGCUUCGAUUGCAUGGAACUGAUCUUCCAACAGUACAUCAUCAAGUCGUCAUGUAACGGAACGGCAAGAGAUCUUGACGAGUGUCUGCGCUUCAGUGCCAAACAUGGGAUCCAGCCUAACGUGGAGUUCAAGACCCUAGAAGAGAUCCCUGCCGCAAUCGAGAUGAUGGAAAGUGGAAGUCUUCGGAACCGGGUCUGUGUCCAGUUCUAG